AAAGCGGUAACCGCGGCGCUGAGCUACUUGACAAACAACUGCAUAUCGUCCAACUGCAGUAGCCCGUAUAAUCUGGCUUUAGUCGCUUACACGUUGACAAAAGCAUCAGGAUACGAGACGAACGCAGAUGCAUCUCUCGAUUCGUUAAGAAAUUGUGCCAGAACCGAUGGCGACCACACUUACUGGCAAUACACACUUUCUCCAACUUGUAAGAAUAGGUGGGCGUGGUCCUAUUAUUGCCGAUCGCGCUCUUGUGACGUGGAGACGAGCGCCUAUGCGUUAUUGGCGUUUGCGAACGAAGGAUACAUCGCGUAUAGCUUGCAAGUUGUUCGCUGGCUACUCGAGCAACGUAAUCCGAGAGGAGGAUUUAAGUCCACACAGGACACUGUGGUGGCACUUCAAGCUCUAUCGGAAUAUGCCCAGUUGACUUUGUCUGACGGACGCGUUUCGGCAACAGUCCAACUUACAGCUAGUGGUCUAGACCAAGAGCUAAUUAUCGAUUCCUCGAAUGCCAUGCAAGUACAAACUGUCCAGCUUCCCGUUCCUCCUACCCUCAUCGAAGUGUCUGUUUGUGGUAGCGGCUGCCUGUUAGCCUCACUCGGUGUCAACUACAAUGUACCCAAACCAGACGAGAUCGCGGCAUUCGACGUGUCUGCUGUCGCCACUAUUCAAAAGAAAGCAUGCAAAUACUUAGUCAGAGUCUGCAACAGGUGGAUCGUUAAUGAUUCGAAUAGCUCCAACAUGGCGGUGACCGACGUGACAUUCUUUUCAAGUUUCACACCAGUGCAAAGCGAGUUGAAACAGUUGGUGAAAGAAGAACGAUGUAUGAUCAAAAGAACAGACUUUAAAGGUCGAGUUCUCAGCGUUUACUUUGAUGAGGUGACCAAAAGAAAGUGUUGCUUUAACGUAACGAUGAAGAGGAUUUCAGUGGUCGAAGACCUGCAAGGUGUUCCCGUCAUUACGUACAACUACUACGAGCCCGACCAGAGGGGAGGAACUAUGCUGUACCCACGACAAGAUUGCGAAUGACGCAAAGAAAUGAUAUGUGGUGUUGACUAGUUGGGUAUGGAUAAAAAAACGUAAGAAAUUGCUUUCACGUUAGUUGUUGUUAUAAUUAAGAAACGACGAGAAGUGUAUCUUGCUAUCCAAUGUGUAUCUUGUAGACUUAGUUACGUACCCAAGUGAAUCGGUAGACACACUGGGAAAAGUUACUAGAGUGCAACUUGAGCUUUAUAACAAUGUAAAUGUAAAACUACAUUUGAAAACAAAGUCAAAUAGCAAGG